AUGUUACCGAUAACAAGGAGAUGGUUGGGAAAUGCUGCAAAUCCGGCAGUUAGUCUAUUGAAAUGCAGCAGAGGUUUCAUUCGAUUCAACUCCACAUCUGAGUUUACCGAAUUGGAACUUCAGGAUAUUAAAUACAGAAAACAAAGAGAAUUAAGUUUAAAGUUAACAAAGAUGAAGAAUUACGGAGAUGCAUUCCCAGUACAUUCUCACCCUGGGUCUACUCACUAUAAAAAGCCUGUGCAUGAUCAUUUACAUAAGGGUAGACCCGUCAAGGAAUUAACAGUUGCAAGAUCACACAGAAGUAGCGGUAGGAAUAAUGAAGGUAAAAUCACUGUUCGUGGUAGAGGUGGUGGUCACAAGAAAAGAGCAAGAUUGAUUGAUUUCCACCGUUGGAAUGCCGGAAGACAAGAAGUUGUCAGAAUAGAAUACGAUCCAAACAGAUCGGGGCAUAUUGCGUUACUUAAACAUUUAGAGACUGGGGAUUUAUCGUAUAUCUUAGCUCCACAAGGUUUGAGAAGCGGUGAUAUUGUCGAAAGUUUCAGACAAGGUAUACCAAAGGAUUUCAUGGAGGAAAUGGAAAGAACUAAUAAUGGUGAAAUCGAUGAUGCAUUGUUGUCUGCCAGAAUAUUACAGAGGGGCAAUUGUUUGCCAUUAAGAAUGUUACCAGUAGGUUCCAUUAUCCAUAAUAUUGGUUUGCGCCCAGGAGAUAGAGCUCAACUAGUCAGAUCUGCAGGAACAUUUGGUAAAAUCUUGUCUAAGCAUCCUGAAAAAAACAGAGCUGUUAUUAAAUUGUCGUCGGGCGAACAGCGAUACGUUAUUUUAGACUGCCAUGCCACCUUGGGUGUAGUCUCUAACAAAGAACAUCAAUUGAUUUCUUGGGGUAAAGCAGGUAGAAGUCGUUAUAGAGGUUUCCGACCAAAGGUGAGAGGUGUCGCCAUGAAUGCUUGUGACCAUCCUCAUGGUGGUGGUAGAGGAAAAUCGAAAUCGAAUAAGGUUUCGCAAUCGAUGUGGGGUUUGAAGAAAUUCCAGAAGACUAGAUUAAGACCAAACCCAGAUCAAAUCAGAAACAGAAAAGGGCACUUGAUAAAUCAUGACAAAUUUAAAUAA